AUGGCGCGCGCCACAGUCGCCAUCCUCUUCUUCAUCCUCAUGGUCGCCACUGUUAGCGCAACACAGGCUCCCGUGGAGUCGCCAAAGGCGUCCAAGGUCACCGAUGCCAACGCUCCAGCCAAGGCACCCGAGGCUGCGAAGAAGGCAAAGUCCCUCGAGGCCGCCGCUGCCCCGGCAUCAAGGAAGUCCGGCCCGGCCGCUGCCCCACCCAGCAAGAGCUCCAAGGCCAACUCCUCACCGGAUUCCAGCGUGUCGGUUUCUGCCGGUGACUUGCCGAGCCCCCCAGCGCCAUUGGCUGCGAUCUCCCCUAGCGCUGACGGACCUGCGGAGGAUCCAGCUGAUGCUGAAAACUCUGGCACUGCUGCUCUCGGCAACGGCGCAACCAUCGCUAUUGUUGCUGGUGCCGUUGCCAGUGUCAUCUUUGCUUGA